CCUGCGCAGCAACGAGAAGCUGGGGCGUGCUCCCCAGCGCCUUCGGAGCGGAUCGAGGACCUUGCAAGCCCUAUGUCUCUGGCCCCCCAGAAACCAGAACAUGGCAGAUGGGGCUCAGGCCAACCCCAAAGGGUUCAGGAAGAAGGUGCUGGUUAGACACCCCUCAGGGUGGAGGGGCCCAAGCCUCGGGGCCGCUUCUCCUUCGAGAACCUCCAGAUCUCGCCUGGGGCUGAAGUUCAUCACCAUCGUCCUCCUGGCCAGCAGCGUUCUGCCUGAGACCCACAGCAGCCUAUUAAACCUCAAGUCCAUGGUGGAAGCCAUCACCGGGAGGAACGCCAUCCUGUCCUUCGUGGGCUAUGGCUGCUACUGCGGGCUGGGGGGGCACGGCCUGCCCGUGGACGAGGUGGACUGGUGCUGCCAUGCCCACGACUGCUGCUACCAGAAGCUCUUUGAUCUGGGCUGCCACACCUACGUGGACCACUAUGACUACACCAUCGAGAACAACACCGACAUUAUCUGCAGCAAGUUCAACCAGACGGAGUGUGACAUGCAGACGUGCGAGUGUGACAAGAGUGUGGUUCUGUGCCUCCAGAAGCAGAAGUACAACGAACAGCAUCGCAACUACCUCAACAUCUACUGCCAGGGCCCCACGCCCAACUGCAGCGUCUACGAGCCGCCCCCCGAGGACGGCUUCCCGGCACCCCCCACACCUCCCUAGUGCCCCCGGGGCCUGACAGAGAAAAGGGUGCAGGCUGUUCUGGCUCCGGGGACCAGAGGGAUGGAGCAGGUGGAGGCGGGGGCAGGUCGGGAGCCCCAGGCUGCCCCGCUGCCUCCACCUUGGAGCCCUCCAGUGAGAUUGGCUCUCAGAGGACUCAGAAAGGCCUGGCCCCUGACCGUGGCCACCAGGGUCCCUCAGCCCAGCACCGGGGGUGGCUUCAUCCUGGACACGGCAGGGAGCAUGUGGCCUGUUGGGGCCUUUCCAGAAUUUGGAAGUCAAGGCCUGAGAGGGACUGGGGGCCUCUGAGCUUGACUUCCACAGCCAGGCCAUCAGGGCUGGGUCCCCAGUCUUAGAGACCCAGACCCAGGGCAGCCGACACUGGCCCAGAGCUUGGGACAUCCUAGGAUCCAGGUUCCCAGGCAGGCAGAGUGCUGCUCAUAAGGCCUGGGUACUGGGGUCCCCUUGGCUGCUCCCACAGGAUGACUUAGAGUGACCCCUGCUUUGAGGGCCUCGAAGCUCUCGAGAGCCCCAUUAAAGAGCAGGUGGCCCCAUCCUGGCCUUCCCAAGGCAGUGCGGAAGUCCCGGCCUACACACACAGGACAGCCUUGGUGCUUAGUAUCCCAGCCUUGAAGCCUGGCCUCAGUUCCCCAGAGUGCCUCAGAGCAGGCUCCCAGGCACUGGCAGAACCCACGUGCACUCCCCUAGGUACAUGGGGACGGAAAUGGAGGCCCGCCCAAAUACGACCCCAUCACUCGGGUCCUCCUGCCUCCCCCGCCCACCCACUAAUGUCAGAGGCACAGCCUGGCCACGGCCUGCCCUGCAACGUGGAGCUGCUCUGAGGAGAGCCCUGACUGCUUGCUCCCUGAGUCCCUGACAAACUUGGGAGGGGAGCAAGGCCCGGGCCCCUAAGACCCCCUGGGCGGCAGCCAGGCAAGGGGAUGGAAGGUCCAGAACCCUCCCUCCCUGGGCAGCUGGCGACAGGAGCCCUCUCGAUGGGGAGGAGACCGAGGACUGAGACCUGCUUCGGUGAAGACUGAAACAAAGGCAGGAGGGCCCAGGUCCAGGCGGGAGGCCCAUGGGGAAGAUUCCAGAAGGCAGGAGGAAGGGGGCAGGAUGUGAAGAGGGAUGGGAGGGGAGAAAGUGGGAGAUUGGUGAGACAGCUGAGGACUAGACAUCCAGGCCAGAGUAGUCUCAGCAGGAGAAGCGGGUAGAGAGCCUUGGGGUACAGGGGUCCCUUGGGGUGCAGGGUCCCCUUGGGGCCCGGGUUCCCAUUGGGACCUGUGGGAUUGCGGGCAGGAGAGGAGAAGGAUCAGGCCUCGAUGGGCCAGCUUUCCUGACUCUGCCCCAGCACUGUUGUUUCCCCAGGUACGCCCUCCCCUAUCAUUCCUCGUCUCACCUCUUGACCUCAGGGUCAGCGGCCUCCAAGCCACCGGCGUGUCCUGCCUCACCCCGCCUUCUGCCUUCAUCUGGUGUCAACCCCAAGGACCCACUGACAGCGCUGCAACCCACCUGGACACCGAGAACAUCCGCCAGGAAGCUCGGCCUGCCCUGGGCCCCUGAGGACCACCGGCUGAGAGGAAGGGACAGUCAAGAAGAGUGGGGGCCAGCAGGGGUGCGGGGGUGGAGAAAACAGCUAUGAAAAAGACGGCAGGGCUGGACGGAGCUCCGCCAAACCGCAGCGUCUAGAACAUCAGCCUUGGGGACUGAGGGUGAGGCCGCUGGCUAGGUCACCUGUCGCUGUGUGUGGGAGGGGGCCUUUCCGCUGCUCAUCUCCUGCUGUCCUACUGGCUAUGGUGUGUGACGGCUGUGGUCCCCUGUGUGUCCUGACCCGACGUGCCCAGUCACUGAGACCCUCUCAAGAACCCAGCUAACAAACCACCUUCUCCUCACUGUCCUGGGCGGACCCCCUUCUCUGAGCUAAAGGCCUUUCCAAGCAAGCGAGGAUUCAGGACGGUGCACCCGGAGUCCCCCUGGCGGUGGGGACUGCAGAGGCCUCGGCCCCUUACCUGUGGGAGCCCAGGGCUCUGGCUGUGCCCCUCCACACGCGCACACAUACCCUCUCCUGAAAGUCUGGGUGUUGGGAUGAGAUUCUUCUGCUAAGGGGUUCUGCCUGCCCCCCACCUCACCCCAGACUCUCCUGGAUGCGGCGACCUGCAGAGAUUUCCCCCUCCUCAAACUAAUAAAUCCUUCUGCCUCCGCUGCCCCCUGUGGGUCCUCCUUGGCACGGCACCCACCGGCCAGGCAUCAGGGGAGGGCACAGUGACUCCCGCCUGGCUCUCCAGCUCUGGGGAUGUGACUUCCCCGACACCCAGCAGCUGUCCCCUUCCUCUUCCCCUCCUGUGCGAAGCGGCCCUCCGUCAGGGUUGGAAAGUGGGGCUGGGGUCCAGCAGUAGGACGAUGAUAACAACUGGGCUGAGUGCUUGUCAGGCAUCGUUCUCCACAGUACUCGCCCUCCACCCCAUCCUUUUCUGUGGAACAACUGAGGCCCAGAGAGGGAAAGGAACUUGCCCAAAGUCACACAGGUCAUUAGUGGUGGGGCUAGGAUCUGAAUCCUCAGCAUCUGACUUUUAAUGUCAUCUCCUCACAGCUUCUUAAUGGUGACUCGGGCAGCUAGGGCCAGUGAGACAAGCACCUGACAGUCCAGCAAGGUGCCAGGUCCUGGGUCCUGGCCUUGGCCGCUUUUCUGACUCAGGGCCCUUCCCUGGGAUGGGCAUCAGUUUCCCAAUGUGCAGAACAACCAGAGCAGCUGUUUCAGAUGCUCCCCAAAGCUGUGGGUUUGCCUGGAGACAUUCAAGGGUGAUGUCCAUGGAAGGGGAGGCCGAGCAGAUGGGGGUCUGUGCCCCCAACUCAUUCUCCCGUGAGCAGUCCUGCUUUUCCUGUGUUACAUAUUGAGACUUGACGUGAGCUACUUAAGGAAAAAAAGAGACUAUUCAGCUAAAAGUUUAAAAACCUCUGGACACGAUUGUUCAUUGGUUCAUUCAUUCAAUGGACGUAUCGCCAUGGUCUCCUAUGGACCAGACAUGAUGCUGGGUUCGGGCGGCACACCACAAUCAGACACAGCCUCUGCCCGCAGGAAGCCCACAGCCUAGGAGGGGGAGGCAGACGUGUGGGCCGUUAACCUUGACACAUGGUGCCAAGUGAUGUCGGCGGGGCACAGAGGAUGGAGCCGCCAGUGUGUCCGUGGCGAUCCUGGAAGAGUCUCCAAGGGAACGGGGUGGAGCUGGGAUGGCGUAUUUGCUGCCUCUGGAGGUGGUGAGGAGAAAUGGGGGUCACAGUUUUGGGGGAAAGGUCUCUGUUUCUGCAGUCUGUGUGGCCUCUCCCUCCUCAAGACUCCUUGCAAGUUGGUGGGGUCUUCAUGCUAAAGCUUGAAGGGGGGAUUAUGCUUGUUUUGUGCUGCUCUGGGGGCUGCCACUGACAAAGGCUCUCCCCUUGACCGAAAUUUACUGAGGUUCCUAGGAGACCUUCUCUCAACUCGGCCUUUGGGUUUCCACUGCCCAGUUUUAGUAAGAAUCCUGCUACGUCAGUUUGGUGAGAAUCCCCACCCGCCCUCGAAAUCUGAUCAAAUGCCUCAUCCUCCACUUUUCCCCAGGUGACAUCCGAUCCCAUUGACCUGCCUUCUGCAAGAAACCUGUUAGGCCAGUUUAGCAAGAAUCCCCUAUCCUUUCAGCAAUUUUUAAUCCACCACCCCUUCACUGGCUAUAAAUCCCUACUUAAGAGAAGUGAGCAUUUGAAAUUGUAUUUGGAAUUAAGCCCAAUUCCGUACUGGCCCCGAUUGCAAUAAUUCUUGAAUAAAAUCUGUUUUUGCCACUUAAACUACUGUCCAGCUCUGGUUUUCUAGGGGUCGUGGCUCAGAUGAAAUCAGACGCACCACUGGACCCCCAGACCUCUGCCAAAUAAAAAUUGUCUCUUGUCAUGUGGUUCCGCCAGGAUGAAGUCACGAGCCACCUUCGGCGCCCCCUGAAGGGAGUUCAGGGCUGAGGUCAGGACUGUGGUGCUCUGUGCUCUGGGAAAAACUGGCAGAACAGGCCUUCAGAUGGUUAGAUGUUUUCAGGAGAAGAUUUUAUGAGCCCAAUUUCUUGCCUCUUCUCAUAUCUAGACAAGCACUAAAAUCAUUCACAGAGACGUCUGCUCACCAUGACGAGCAGUAACCUUCUGCCAGAAUGUCAGCCUGACUGCAAGGCUCCCCCUUCCCAAAAUCACACCCUUUGCUAACCUUCCCUCAUCCCUCUUCCCUCUUCGGAGCAUCUCCUCAGAGCUAUCUGAGACGCUGUCUCCUGGGCUAGAGUCCUUAUUUUGCCCCCAAAUAAAACUUAACACAGCUCUCAUGUUGUGUGUUUUUUUUCCCAGUCGACACCUUUCACCCAAGACCCUAAGUGGGCACCUUUGUAUUCACUCCUGAUGGGCUGAUCAGGGAUCUAGUGUGAGCCCAACUCCGGAGCCCAUGCUCUGGAUGACUGUCUGCUGAGGCUGAUUCUCAGGAUUCUGAGUUUACUGUCUCUGAAGCUUGAUUGGAGUUCCAGACUGCUUUGUCUGAAAGGCACCCACUGGGCUGGGACUCUCUUUCUGGUUCUUUCUUUUGAGCCAGGAUUCACUCUCUGACUCCUCAGGCUGGAGAAUUUUUCGUGGCUCUUUGUGAGGCUUUUCUGUUUUCUCUGUUUGAUCCUGCUUCUCCCAUGAGAAUUCCUCAGUCGACUGAAGCCCUCCUUUUGAAACUCUGCGGAAUUUAGAAUUUCACUGGCUUCUUUGGGAAACUUGAGGUAUCCCCAGACUGGCUCCUCCAAGACUUCCUCCUUCCCAGCUCCCCCUCUCACACCUUCCAUCUUCCCUUCAGUUCCUUUGAGACCCCCUUCAUCCCUACCCUCUCCAACCCUCCGUCUACCUGCCAGACCUUCCCAUCACAUUCCAGACCCUCAGUCCCUUAAAUAUUUGGCUCCCUUGCCUCUCAAUCGGGGGCUUUCAAGGGACUCAGGGACCUCUAUAAGCAACUGGGGCUGAAAAGGAAGCAGGCAGGAUAUAUUGUCCACUCACACGGGCUUUGGAGACAUCCAGGCAGCUGCUUUGAUGUCCCUCAUCUCUCACUUAAAAUGUAAUCCACAGCCUCCUUAAGAUUACAUAUCAGGGCAAAUGAAAACCUUAAAGGCCUCCUCCACAAUUAUUGGCACAAAGCUUUAGCCCUCAUACUGAAUAAGUAAUCUCAGCUCGCCGUAUCUGCCAGAAACACAAUUCAGACAAAAAUACAAAGUGAAGCAAAGAGGAGAUCCAACUAUUGUAUACAAACCAGUGGUUUGUAUCAUGGUUUUAUUGAUUCAUGGCUAAAAUUUUGGAAUGAAACCUGUGAGGACUCUGCUGUCGGUAUGUGUGUGCAUGUGUGUACGUAUUUAUGUAUAUAUGUAACGUAUAUGUGAUAUUUUUCUACUCAAGAUGGUAUUGCCAAAUUAAUCUCUUAAAGGAGUCCUAUUCAAAAAUGGCUUAGAGAUAAACACUUAACUAUUUCUAAAACACCCUGAAAUAUAGAUAUUAACCAAGAUAAUUUAAAAGUUCAUAGGAUUUGAGCAAAUCUUUGAUAAAUAAGACCAGUUUCAUAUUAUUGAUUUAAUAAAAACAGCUGUGUCUUCGAGUCAUCAACAUUAAAGUGUAACAUAAGCAUACGUUUUAUUCUACUUGGGGUUAGUAGUUCAACAGGGUAAUGUCUUAUCCACUAAACGUUUACAACAACAAAAAUGAUCAAUUCAGCCUAAAAACAAAUGCACAAGUAAAAACGCAGUAAAAAUGAAUUGCUUGAUAUCCAUGACUUCAUCUUGAUUAAGCAUAGCAGUAAAACAGAGAACCUGUGUCUUUAACUUUGUUAGAUUUUUGCUGUUACGGAACUUGCCUAACGUGCAUGGGCUGUAAAAAUAGAUAAGAGGGAAAUAACUUGGGGUGAUGGCUAGCUUUGCUUAAUGUUAUAAUGUGUCUGCCUAAAAACACUUUCUAAAUCUUUCUAGUAACUUGCCACCUUAGAGUUAUGCUAAAUUAAGUAAUAGAUAUUCACUAAGUGUCUAGAUCAUUCCUAAGAUAAACUACUAAAACAUGAAUUACUAAGCACAAGUUUAAGCUCAUAUACUUUUGGUUCUUAUUUUUAUACGGUAUAGAGACAUAUAUUUGGAUCUGUUAAAUAAACAUGAGAAGUUGCCCUUGAGGAAGCAGACUGUUUCAGGAAUUAUAAGAUGGGCAUAUUCGCAAAAUUUGCUUAUUUAUUGUAGAAUGUUGAUAUUGUUGAUAAUUGUCUAUUUCCUCAUUUUCACUGGCAAUUAAGGUUACUAAGGGUUAAGGAUUCUAAUCAGUAUAUGUAAAUGAAGCUACUACAAAUAAUAAAGGCGAAGAAAAAACUAUGCAAAAUAUGCAAAAUGGAGGAUAUGUUUUUAAGGAAAAAGGAUUGUGAUUUUUGUCUUAAAGUAGUUGUUUAGAGGUUGUUUAAAAGUUGUUCCAGAAUGAGAAAGAGAAAAAU